AAGGACCCGCGCACUUGUCGAUCGCAGUGUGUUUCUGGUGAUGCAGCUCUCCAGCAGCCGGAGCAUGCCCUUGCUGGACGGCCCGUUGUCUUCCGCCUGUGUUCAGGUCGUUUUCACCCACAGUAAAUAAUACGUCUUUGUUCAACCGGGCUUUGUGGACACGCAGCCGGUCAGCAGGGGCCGAGGCUGUUUAUCUGUGCGCGCAGGGAGGAGCGAAGCGAGCCGCUUCAGGAUCAGAUAACGAGGUUGUGUCUCCACACACUGCACUAUGCCGGGCUGCCUGCUGCGAGGAGGCUGCACCCCUCUGCUCCGCCUGUGGGCCCUGCUGCUGCUGCUGCUGCCACUGGUCUCCCUGAACCAGCGUGGGAGCCGGGGCCUCGGUGAGGGCGACCGGCCCAAGCUGCUGCUUGUGUCCUUCGACGGCUUCCGCUGGGACUACAUCGACCGGGUCCCGACGCCCAACUUCCACAGCAUCAUGGACCAGGGCGUGAUGGUGGAGAAGGUGGAGAACACCUACAUCACCAAGACCUUCCCCAACCACUACAGCCUGGUGACGGGUCUGUAUACGGAGACGCACGGCAUCGUGGCCAACGAGAUGUAUGACCCCGUAUACAACCGCUCCUUCUCCAUGGAGACGGACAGUAUUUAUGAUUCCCGGUGGUGGGAGGAGGCGGUGCCCCUCUGGGUAACCAUCCAGAAAGCCGGGGGGCGGAGCGGGGCUGCGAUGUGGCCUGGGUCUGAUGUGAAGAUCCACGGCAUGUUCCCCUCCCAGUUCCUCCACUACAACGCCUCGGUCUCCUUUGAAGCCAGAGUGGAGCGGCUCAUAGGGUGGUUCUCCGCGCCUAAAGAGGACGCGGUGGAUUUUGGAGUCCUGUACUGGGAGGAGCCAGACGAGAGCGGGCACCUCUAUGGGCCUCAGAGCCCCGAAAUGGACGAAGUCAUCGCCGGGAUCGACGAGAAACUCGGCUUCCUCAUCAAUGAGCUGAAGAAGGCCGGGCUGUUUGAGAAAGUGAACCUAAUAGUGACCAGUGAUCACGGGAUGACGCAGCUUUUCACUGAUAACAUCAUAGAACUGGAUCAGUACAUUCACAGGGACCUGUACACCUGGGUGGAUAAGAGUCCGGUGGUGGGGAUACUGCCCAACGAAGGGAAACUGGACGAGGUGUAUAAUAAGCUGGUGGACGUCAACCCAAACAUGGCGGUCUACAAGAAAGAAGAGAUUCCCCAGCGCUUCCAUUACCGGCACAACAGGAGGAUCAUGCCCAUCAUCCUGGAGGCCAAAGAGGGCUGGACCAUCAUGCAGAACCGGACCGGGCCCUUCAUGUUGGGAAACCAUGGCUACGACAACACCCUCCGCAGCAUGCAGCCUGUGUUCGUGGCUCGCGGUCCAGCCUUCCGCCAGAAUUACCUGAAACCCUCCAUGAGGUCCGUCGAUCUCUACCCUCUCAUGUGCCACAUCCUCGCCGUGCGCCCCCUGCCGAACAACGGCUCCCUCUCGAACGUUCAGGACCUGCUGUACCCUGAGGCUCCCCCCACGCCCAGCGCCCCCCCCAGGGUCGACGAGUACUCCUACGCCCCCGUGGUGGGCUCUUUCAUCAGCGUGGUGAUGGUGCUGGGCUUUCUCAUGUUCUACGUCAGACAACUGACGCUCAAGCAGCUGCCCUCCCUGAAGCACAGACGCAGGGAGAUGUCGCAGCCCUUGCUGCAAGAGGACUUGCACCUGUAGCCGACGAGACAGAAAGGGAUAGCAGACGUGAAAAGAAGAGGAGGUGUCCCUCCCCAAGGUAGUCUGCUCUGCCCAGAAGCAUCCCCUGAACACCUACUCUACACGAGUAAUUCGCCAUUGUGCUGCUCCUUUAUUAGAUGGAGAGCAAGAGAACUGAAUGUGACCUCGGAAUCAUGUCGAGAGCUUUGCCCAAAGUGUGAGGGGGGAUGUGAAGGGUUUGCUUCUGGUGUAGGAUCAAAAUAAUAAACCUUUACAUGGGCUUUAUAGUGGCUUUGCUUUGAUUGUGUGAAUUUUACCUAAUGUCAUCUCAUUGUUUUCAUUGUCGCGUACAAAGUAAAUAAUUUAAUUAAAAGCUGAGAUUUUAACCUUUGAUUCUGGCAAGUAGGAAGCUUUGGUGGCCAAAACUUUGACUUGGAUGGGAUUACAGUGUCGGUGGGCUUGAAAGGAAUCAGCAGCUGCACUCAAAGGCAGGGGGGAAAGCUCGCCAUCAUAGAAAGGGAUGGAAGCAAUAAUAUAACUGCACACACUUUUAGUAAUGUCAAAUUUAGCCCCCCCCCCCCCCCCCCCCGUACAAUUUUCAGAUAUGAAGGGAUGUUUUUCCAGAGAUUUACUUUCAAAAGAAGUAAGGGAGCUAUAGAUUUUUUUUAGGUCAGACACAACAGGAGAUUUUCUGGAGCAGUCAAACGAGGAGUGGUGUGUGGGUAGAAUAUUCAAAAGGCAGGACACGACGUGUAAAUUCCACUGUGGAAAUCACUGUUUUUGUUUACAUCACAUCGACACCGGGGGAGAUCCUUCUCACCAAAAGCUCUGGACUCUUGUCCUCUUUCCAUGUUGAUAUCUUUGUCGACGUGUUCUAGGUGCAUGACACAUCUAUUUGAUCCUGAGAUAUUGUAUUCUUCGCGUCGCUUGUUUGAAACCACUUUCUCGUGGGGAUUUUUCCAACAAUGUUCCUGCUGUAUUCUCACAUGGUCUCACUCCAUGGCUCAGACAUUUAACGUGGGGGGGGGGGGGGGGGGCAGGAAAAAGUCCCAGAAAAGGUCCUGAACGACUGAAUGACAUUUCUCACAUACAGCCCAUCCGGAAAAUCUCACGAAAAUGUCCGGACUUCAGUUUGUGUCUGAAGUCAGUUUAUCAUUUUAUCUUUUGAGCCUACUGACACCUUAACUUCAGGUAGUAACAGUGAAAUGGCCGGCAGUCGAUAUGGUUUACACCAAACGAGAAGCUAACUUUCGCGUUGUACUACUCACGCAGGUUUGGUUGCGGGAUUAUUUGGGUUAACGCGCGGUAACACAACCCAUGAAUAUUCGCACAUUCUCCUCGGCAUAAGAGAGGAGGACUACCGGCCGCGCUUCCUGAGGCCGACCAGUGGCUGGUUUGGUCACCUGCUCGCUCAGGAUGGUGCAAGGACCAUAGCCUGGUGAGAUUGAUUGGCUUUCCCUUACGCCAUUCACAUCGCGAAUUUGAGUCCAUUCACAUCUUUGCAUGGACUUAUGUCGUCACAAUGGGGGGGGGGGGAUUUGCUUCCUGUUUGAGUCAACACAGGAAGGGAGAUUUCAAGGCCUUGUCAGAGUUUCUUCCACCAAUUCCUCCGCUUGUUCUGAAUCAGAAGCUACUGUGUGAUUAUAAAUGCUGUGAUUUAGCCGAAGUAUUACGAACUCAACUCGUCUCAGGCUGAGCUCAGUGUUCCUUUUGAAUGUUAGCUGGACGCACGUGUUCCAGUGAAGGCUCGACCAAUGUGCCAGGCUACUGCUCACAUGCGUAGGCCAUUCCACGAGCCGACCACGUCACGACCUUGCUCUUUUAGUAGUCAGCUACCAUUUGCCUUUCUACUUAAGUGGAGAACAUCUUUCUUUCGGUGUGCAAUAAUUUGUGUGUAAGUGGGUCUUAUUUGUAUGUGUAGCGUUUUUGUCGGGAAGAUAUUUUUCUGUAUAGACAAGUGUGUACUCCGCUCAUCCUCACGUGUCGACUGUCAUAGCCACGGCCAUUUGUUGGUGAAAUGUGAAGUGCAAUUGCUAUUGGUCAGUAUUUUGUCGUUGGGAUGUUAAGGGUUUCGGUUUUGCUGGGUCGAGAAGACUUCUUUUGGCCCCUGAUUUGCACUACAGUACCGAACUGAACCACAGCGAAGGGGCAGCGGUCGGAUCCUUUUUUUUUUUAAGGUCAUGUAAACUUUGCACUCCUUGUUCGUAGUUGCUAUUUGAAACAAUAGAAAACAUUAGGAGCCUCUUGCCAAAAAGCUUUGAUCAGUGUAAGCAUUGAAAGUUGAGUAGAAUCCAAAUCUGUCAGUAAAUUACUUCUUUUUUUUUUCCAGCCUAUUUUAGGAAAGAAUUGGUUAAAUUUUCUUCUCAUGCUUUUAGAUGCAUUGAUUAAUAACUGCGCCCAAAAGAUGACAGACAUCACUGUGAGAAAUUACUUUUUACUAAAUUUAGAUAAAUUGAAAGCAUUUAUAUGGAAAAUAUAUACAUUUUCUGAUGUUUUAUGAAAGAAGUAUUUCUGAUGAUUUUUUUCCCCUACAGAGAAAUUAAAUAUAUCCAUACUAUAUUUAAAAGAUUCGUUUGAAAUGGUUAGAUUCAAUAUUAGAUCAAGUUAAUAUAUCUUUUAUUAUUACCUUGGAUUUGAAAUUUUGACAUUUAAUAUGAUUUAUAAAUUAGCUAUCUUUGCCAUGUUAAUGCAAUUAAACAGUCUUCUGAAAAUAAAGGGACUAAUGAGAAACUGAA